AUGGCAGAUGAAAACACCAUUGAUAUGGUGAUAAUUAAUCCUCACAACCCAUGUGGAAAUAUCUAUACGUAUGAACAUCUAAAGAAGGUGGCUGAGACGGCGAGGAAGCUAGGCAUAAUGGUGAUUUCUGAUGAAGUUUAUAAUCAAACUAUUUAUGGAGAAAACCAAUUUGUCCCGAUGGGGAUAUUUUCAUCGAUUGCUCCUGUGAUUACACUCGGGUCCAUAUCCAAGGGAUGGCUCAUUCCUGGGUGGCGAAUAGGUUGGAUCGCGAUGAAUGAUCCUGAUAACGUUUUCAAAACCAUGAGGGUCGGUUUUCCAAUCUCUAAACCAUCAAAAGUUAUUACACGGGUCUGA